AUGCUCAGUCGUCUCUGUGUGCCCCGACGUUGCACUUUUCCCUUAAAAACUGCGAAAUAUGCUGGCAUAAGCACUUCACGGGAUAUCAUUGAUGACGAAGACCGUAACGAGUACCUACGGAGACGCAAAACGGAAUGGAAGCGCAAGCAAGGGGGCCAGACUUUCCUCGACCAUCUUAUCGUGACAGUACGCGCAGGCAAAGGUGGUAAUGGCUGUGCUGCAUUUCAUCGCGAAAAGUUCAAACCUUUUGGCCCACCCUCAGGCGGUAGUGGAGGCCGUGGAGGCGACGUGUACAUUAUUCCGACAUCAUCCCUCACUACCUUGACCUCAGUGCCCAAGCGCGUCCACGGUCACCCCGGCGGGAACGGUCAAGGAACUUGGCAAAACGGCCGGAACGGAGACCCCACUAUCAUCCGCGUCCCGUUGGGCACUGUAGUCCGAGAACUGCCCCCUGAUGACCCCAGGACUGCACCGGAUGAAUGGGAGACCGAGGAAGAGAGCCUGGAGGGUCUUGACUACGAAACAAAACGAGAAAAGAUGAGAGAGAGACGAUGGGUGCAUUAUCCGCGGUUUUCAGAAGCAAAUCAGGAGCGUGACUCCUUCAAGGAGGCUGAAGCGGUGCUCUACAGUGAGGAGAGGGAGCGAAGGUUUGAACGGCGCAAGAGGCAGCUUAACUCUCCAAUAUUUCUGGAUCUGGAUACGGAAGAAAUCAUGGAGGACAACACGAACUUACCGCUGGGUCAAAGACGUACCGACUCAUUUGGGUAUCUCAUCGCUUCCGGCGGACAGGGCGGUCUAGGGAAUCCUCACUUCCUUACUGACGUGAACAGGUCUCCCAAGUUCGCCUCCAGAGGGCACGAAGGCGAGAGGGUAACGCUGUCACUAGAACUCAAGAUCCUUGCAGACGUGGGACUCGUCGGGAUGCCCAACGCCGGUAAAAGCACACUACUACGUGCUUUCACUGGCGGCCGAGCAAGAACCGAGGUCGCUGGAUAUGAAUUUACCACUCUUAACCCUGUCGUUGGUGUCGUUCGCGUUGCUGAAGAUGGCAGUUUUGAGGGUGGACUCUCCAGUAGCUUAAUCCACGACGAGACACUGACCGAGGAACAGCGCGAGCAAGAAAAGCACCGGCAAGGCAAGUAUGCCCACGCCCUAACACGGAACCAACUCACCUCUGUCACUGGUCACCAUUUUGACUUGUUCGAAGCUUUCCGUUUCACCAUCGCCGACAAUCCCGGGCUUAUUUCGGGCGCUUCAGACAACGUAGGCUUGGGGCACACCUUCUUAAGAUCAAUGGAACGUGCACUAGCACUCGUCUACGUUGUUGACUUGGCUGGUCCUGAACCCUGGACGGAGCUGGGCGUUUUGCGUGACGAGCUGGAACAGUACCAGCCGGGCAUGAGUGCUAAAGCACGCAUGGUCAUCGCCAAUAAGGCCGAUCUCCUGGGAGGUGACGGAGAUCCCGUUCUUGUGGAACAGGCGCGAGAGAAGCUCCAACAGUUGGAAGAAUACGUCAGAACGCAAAUGAUCAUACCGGGGUCAAGACGUAGACUCGAUGUGGUCCCUACUUCGGCAAAGUUCAGCCAGAACUUGUCGAAAGUUGUUGGGCUCAUGAAGGACUAUGUUUCAGAGGCUCGAGAGGCGAAACGUAUGAUGGAGUAGCGUCUCACUUAUCCCAGCCCUGUGGACCAUUCAUUCUAUCACUGUCCUUGUGACACGAACACGAAGCAAUCGCAAUGCCGGAGCUAGCUUGCACCGACCCUAGAAAUUGUGGGAGCUUGGCAGUGGUCGAUUGUAUGAACGUCAUUUUCUGUGACGGGGAGGAGGGGAAGAGUGGGAAGAUUCGGUGGGUUUUGACGACUGUAACUCAGCCCGUGCAGGGACGACGAAAUUAUGUCUACGAAUAUAUCUCCAGGUGCGCUUUUAGAGUGACAAGAUCGAGUGAAAGCAGGAGUUUAUUCCAGCUGUGGUGAUAAGACGUAGCGGUAUGACAACAAAUUAUCUGAACCAAUCCUGAAUAUUUUACCACUGU